AUGCCGAGAGGAUUUUUAGUAAAAAGGAACAAUAAAUCGUCUCCCGUUUCAUAUAGGAUUCGGACUGAGGACGAGGAGCACCAGCUGCUUGAAGUCCAUCCUCUGGGCGCGGAUGCGCGGGCAGUCGCAGGUCCAGACAGUGUUUCACACAGGAACAGCCCAGACCCUCUAAACGAUGGACUUACACAGGAUAACAUCUUGAACUCGGCCCAUAGAGCGGACGUGCUAUCAGAGGAUGGUGCUUCAGAGGAAUUCUAUUCUAAAAAGACAUUUUCAAAGUGUGGCAUCUCAGGCUGGGCUAAUGUCUCCUACACCCCCAUCAAACCUACUGACAUCAAACUGGAAAACGCUUUUUUGGACAGAUGUUUAAGUUCGUCAGCUUCUGUUGACUCUUUCUCUGCGGCUGCUUCCUUGAAGCCAGUAGAAAGGUUUCUGGUGCAGCCCUCCUUACCCCCGGUAGAUGUUAAGCGGGGCGGUAUUACUCACCUACACCAGGAUCCCAGGCACCGCAAACACAAAGCCAGCCCGAAGAAACCUAAAGUAAUCAGAAAAUUGAAUUUCGAGGACGAGGUGAGCACUUCACCUGUUCUGGGUCUAAGAAUUAAGGUGGACGCCUGGGACUGCAAGCCGUCAGCAUCAGCAAACAAGCUCCUGGCUGAAUUUAUCUGCCAGUUGUGUAAGGAGAGAUAUUCAGACUCUUUCUCUCUAGCCCAACACAAAUGUUCCAGAAUAGUCCGGGUCGAAUACCGCUGCCCCGAGUGCGAUAAAGUCUUCAGCUGUCCAGCUAACCUGGCUUCACAUCGCAGGUGGCAUAAACCUCGUCCAGGGGGGAACAAGAACGGUCCCAACCCCCGGAAGGAGAGGCAGAAUUGCCCUACAGAGCCGGGCCCUGUAGAUCCUGAAAGCAAAGAGAACUCCAAGAGGCUGGGCUCUGGGGAUCAGAGCAGCAGCAAGUCAAUGGGCGGCGCUCAGACCAUGGACAGCUCCAAGGACACGGACUCGCCUUGUGCGGGCACUCUCCUGCCUCCUGGAGCUGGCUGGAAGGUCGAACGCUUCGAGUGUCCUUAUUGCAGCAAGAGAUUCCGGCGACAGGCUUACCUGAAAAAACACCUGGCCGCCCACGAAGUCGCCAGGUCCACUUUUCCCAACCGUCUGGAGCUGAGCCGGAUCACCUUCCCCUGCCAGCUGUGCGAUGUGUACCUGCCAUCUGCCGAGAUCCGCAACAAGCAUCUGCUGUGGCAUGCGGUGAGCCGCGGGGAAGCGGCACUGCUCAGCCCCAGCUGCGGGCAGAAGUGCUCUGCUCCCAGGCCCAAGGAGCAUGACGACGCCGGGGACCUGGAAGGUCAGCUCUUCUCCUGCAAACACUGUCCAUCGACCUUCUUCAGCUCCCCGGGACUCACCAGACACAUCAACAAGUGCCAUCCGUCAGAGAAUAGGCAGGUCCUCCUCCUGCAGCUGCCCAUCAGGCCAGGCUGUUAA